AUGAGUGCCGCGCUCUACUCCCCCGUUUACAUAAACUAUGGUGAAGUUUUCAUUAAUAGUAGCAAUAUCCUUUCUGUCCCCUACGAGAAUGUCACUGCCGCUUUCAAGACUCCCGUUGCCAUCAACUGGACAGCCACAGGUGGCUUUGACUGGACGCAGCCGUACCCGGGGUCCCGUAUAGACGGCCACACAGCAUACCUCGAGAUUGCCCAGGAAAUGCCCUUGUCCGCCUCUAUCGUGGAAAAUGCGACGACUGUGCUGUCUUCCUUGACGUUUGAUAUUCCCGACACCAUGAGCUCUGGCGGGCAACCACUGGCCAUGGACCCUUCGUGGUACAUCUGUCGCCACGUCUUCAUCUCCACUAAACCCGAGGCAAAGUUGACCGUCGAUGGUGGAAACAAGUGCAGUUUCCUACCCGAUACAUGCCACACCGACCUCAAAACUAGUCUAACUCAAGAUUGGGGGAAAGCAGCCAACGGUACCAUGUGCUCAGCGCUUGGGUUUGACCCUAUCCCAUCGAGUUGUCAGGAUUCAUUUGGCUUCGCCCGUCAGGACGUCAUGGAUUUUGACUCAGAGUUCCUCGCAAAUACCGCUACGGCCCCGGUACAGACUAGCAAAGAGCAGCAGCAGUACAGCUGGCGGAUCGGCACCGGAUAUCACGAUCCCGGCGAUGCUCUCGCCUACGCCUUGGCUGGCAACCGGACGUACCUCGUUGCCACCGUCUGGGGCUAUAGCGAGGGUGCAGUAUCCAGUCAUGUCCCUGAGGUGUCGUUUGAUUGCCUCUCUUCUGGUGCAAACUAUGUCCCGCCCCCUCCUGCGCCUUCACCGUCUCCCAAUACUACGACGACUACGGCAAUUACAACUACUACUACGGCGUCUUCCACGUCGACGCCAAGCACAACCCAAGCGUCAAUUUCUAACAGCGUCGCCAUGGGUAAUGACAUUUAG